CACAGUUUGGCAUUGGGACCAGACUGAGCUCAGACGCCGCCCACGAGACACAGAUGCUGUUGAUGUUCACACGAAGAAGAACAAAGUAUUCCCACCAUCACUCUGAGCCUGUAGUCGUCAGCUCAUCUCUGCAACAUCACCUGCCGAUCGUCCACUGAGAUAAAGGAGGAUUGAGACAGAUAAGGAGAAGCUACUUGAUCAGAAACAGCUCUCAAUACAACUCAAAGCAGAACUUCAUCUCUUCACCUCCAGUGCACUUUUCUUUUGCUCUUUCUCUCCUCCAUUUCCAGUUUUUGUGUCUCAGGUGUGUGCUCAGGCCUUUGAGCAGUGAUGGGGGAUUGGAGUCUCCUGGGGAACUUCCUAGAGGAGGUCCAGGAACACUCCACCUCGGUUGGGAAGGUCUGGCUCACCGUCCUCUUCAUCUUCCGCAUCCUGGUCCUUGGCACAGCGGCCGAGUCCUCCUGGGGGGACGAGCAGAGUGACUUCCUAUGUGACACCCAGCAGCCCGGUUGCACCAACGUGUGUUAUGACAGCGCCUUUCCCAUUGCCCACAUACGCUACUGGGUGCUGCAGAUUGUUUUCGUCUCCACCCCAUCCCUCAUCUACAUGGGCCAUGCCAUGCACAUUGUGCGGAGAGAAGAGAAGCAGCGUAGGAAGGAACAGGAGGAGAGAGGGGAAGAUGAAGACGACCUGGAGGAGGAGAAGGAGUACCUGCAGCGGAAGGAGAGUGGAAAGAUGACUUCUGAUGGGACUAACCAUUUUCACCUUAAAGGAGCACUGCUGCAGACUUACAUCCUGAGCAUCUUGAUCCGCACAGUGAUGGAAGUGACAUUUAUUGUGGUGCAGUACAUGAUAUACGGGGUGUUCCUCAGGGCGCUGUACCUGUGCGAGACCUGGCCCUGCCCAAACCCGGUCAACUGCUACAUGUCCCGUCCCACAGAAAAGAACGUCUUCAUCAUCUUCAUGCUGGUGGUGGCCGGUGUGUCUCUGCUGCUGUCUGUGUUGGAGCUCUACCACCUUGCCUGGAAAAGCAGCAGGAGGUGUUUACGCAACAAGAGACUGAAGAAGAGCAAACACCGAGCUGUGACCGUGUCCGCAUCUUUAGAGCCCAACAGCCCCCCUCUGCCCUCUGUCUCCUGCACCCCACCCCCUGACUUCAGCCAGUGUCUGGCAGCCAAUGGGUCCAUGAACCCCAUGACCUCUAUGGCCUCUCAACCCUUCAACAACAGGAUGGCACUGCAGCAGAACUCAGUCAACUUAGCCACUGAGCGGCAUCAUAGCUGCGAUAACCAGGAGGAAGAGGAAGUCUUUCUGAGGAUGAGAUAUGACCAUAUGCCCACAGAGCUGCCAAACAGCUGCGCACCAUCACCCCUGCUGCACUCCAGCAACAUGAAGGACAAACGCCGCCUGAGCAAGACCAGCGCGAGCAGCAGCCGGGCUCGACAGGACGAUCUGGCCGUAUAGACGGGGAGAGGAGGGGGAUUUGACUUUCAGAAGCAAAGAGUGGGGACAAGAAGAUGAGUUCAGGAAGUGUCAAUACUGAGUGAAUGGGUCAGAAUGUGAACACAAACAAAUUAUGCAAACUCUUGCAUUGAAGCCUGCCACUUGGCUAUGGAGGAUGGACUAAAUGUUCACUAUAGACACUGAGAUAUGUGUGUGGACUAUGUAAACUAUACAUGUGUAAGCUCUGAGAGCAUGGUUGUGAACCAAUCUGUCCCGGUGUUUGAAAAACUGAAAACGAAACUGCAAAAGAAAAUCAUUUAAAAAAGAGAGCAGGGUUAACAGGGUUGAUAUGUGACUAUUGCACAUUUUAUGUUUUAGAUUAAAAGUAAAAUCCCAAAACAAAAGGAGAGAAAAAGACAUUUAAUUAAAAAUGACAUGAUGCUUGCUGGAGGUGACCUACGGAAAACAUUUAAUUGGAAAGAAAAAUAUGAUACAAAUCGUAGCUAUUCAAUUACUUACAACAUUGUUUUACUCUCCAACUGCAAAAAUAAGAGACGCAUAGAGAAAACCGGGAGUUUAUAUGCAAUUAACUGUGAAACUUGCCAGUAUAUACUGUAAAUUGGAUGUUGUUUUUUUUAUCCAGGGCGUAUGCAGUGCCUUAAGAAAUUUGAAAACAUAUAUAUCUUUUCGAUACACCAUGUCUCUAUGUAUAUUUUCCUUUCCAAAAAGCCAUAGCAGACUGUAAUUUGAUUGCAAAAAAUGUAACUGUACAUUUAAAAUGAUCACCUAACAUUUCAAAUGAAAGUUGAAUUAAAACGGUGUUCAUUGUGUACAAUGUGACAGGAUCAUCUGUGUGCAGAAUAAGAGAAUGUAGCCUGCUUUUUUAGAGAGAGAGAUCCAAGGGAAGAAGAGCUCCUGUCUGAAUGUGUUAUGAGGAGACCUGACCACUGGGGGGAAACAUUGCACUUACGUUUUUCUGUUUCUGUCCUGGAGCCAUUGUGUAAAUAGUGAAUUUGUCCCUGUGCAAUAUGUAUGUUUUAGUUGAUAUCUUCGAUUGUAUUUCAUUACAUUUGCUGUGUCUCGUUUUUAUUUUAUGUAUCAUAAUUUGUUUGUCACAGCCAUUUGUAAAUGAACAUCCACUGCAAUCAUGGUUUAAUCAUACACAUCUCCUACAACAAGCAACCACCGAAAUUGUUUUGGUUCUUCCACAGAGACAUUUAUGCAAUAAACGUCAUCACCACAUGUCACAAAUCAAUAAACAAUCAACUGUACAAUCUA